GCGCUGCCGGACCUCUUCUCCUCUUCUCCUCUUUUCUUUCCUCUUUUCGUCCUGGUUUUCCUCACCCUUCCAUGGAGCGGACCCUCCUGGAAUCAGAGCCGCUGAAGAAAAACCCAGAGAUGAAGUGGAGGUGGUACUCGUGUCUGGAGCGGGAUCUGCGGUGCGUCCUGGUCCUGGUCCUGGUCCUGGUCCUGGUGAGCCCAGCAGAGGCGCAGUGGCCAGAGGACAGUGGGGUGUCUCUGCUCCAGCUGAUCGGGGAUCCUCCUCCAGAUGAGAUCUCUCGGGUCUACGGUCCCGACAACAGCCCCGCCUACGUGUUCGGUCCCGACGCCAACACGGGUCAGCUGGCUCGCGCCCACCUGCCCAGCCCGUUCUACAGAGACUUCGCUCUGGUCUUCAACCUCAAACCCACGUCUGACCGGGCCGGCGUGGUCUUCUCGGUCACGGACGCCUCCCAGCAGAUCAUGUACGUGGGGGUGAAGCUGUCGGCCGUGCAGGGGGGAAACCAGAACGUCCUCCUGUACUACACCGAGCCUGACUCGCAGAGGUCGUACGAGGCCGCCAGGUUCCUGGUGCCCUCCCUGACAAACACCUGGACCCGCUUCGCCAUCGCCGUCAAGGACGACAAGGUGAUGUUCUACCUCAACUGUGACACCGACCCUCAGGUGACGCGCAUCGAAAGGUCGCCGGACGAGAUGGAGCUGGAGGCCGGAGCGGGGGUGUUCGUCGGGCAGGCGGGAGGGGCCGACCCGCACAAGUUCCUGGGGGUCAUCGGUGAGCUGAGGGUGGUGGGAGACCCCCACGCUGCUGAGAGACACUGUGAGGAGGAGGGGGACGACUCCGACAUGGCAUCAGGUGAAGGAAGUGGAUUUGAAGAAACCAGACCACUGAGACCAGCGGUGGACAGACAGAAGUGGAUGACUCCUCCUCCAUCGUCUCGUCCCAUUCAACAACCUCCAGUUACCAGGAAAAAUGAGUUAUCAGUGGAAAGAGAGACAGGACCAGUCAGGGCUAAAGGAGAGAAAGGAGACCGAGGGGACAGAGGACAGAAAGGAGACCGGGGUCUGACGGGGCCCAAGGGAGAGCCAGGAUCCGGAUCCAGCGGCUCACGAGGUGGACCGAGGGGAGACAAGGGUGAACCUGGAGAAAAGGGAACAAAGGGCAGUGCCGGCUUUGGAUACCAAGGGAAGAAGGGAGAGCCUGGUCCUCCUGGUCCCCCUGGUCCUGCUGGUCCUCCAGGACCCCCAGCUGAGUUUUCAGUCAGUAGUGACGGCUCUGUGGUUUCAGCCCCUGGAGCUCGAGGGCCUCCUGGACCACCAGGCCCCCCAGGCCCCCAGGGACCAUCAGGAGAUGAUGGAGAACCGGGGGAUCCUGGUGAGGAUGGAAAAACUGGUCCUGAGGGACCUCCAGGCUUCCCAGGAACCCCAGGAGACUCUGGACCCAAAGGAGAAAAGGGAGACCGUGGAGAGGGUCAACCUGGUCCCAGAGGACCCCCAGGACCUCCUGGACCUCCAGGACCAGGAUUCAGAUCUACCUUUGUGGACAUGGAGGGCUCCGGGUUCCCAGACCUGGACUCUAUCCGGGGUCUACGUGGACCACCUGGUCCUCCUGGUCCCCCUGGUCUUCCUGGUCCUCCUGGUCUUUCCACAGCAGGCACAGUAUUGAGUUCUGGGGCCUUUGGACCACCAGGAAAAGACGGUUCACCUGGUCAGCCUGGUCUGCCUGGGUUACCCGGUACUGACGGUCUCCCAGGGGCUCCUGGUCCGAGGGGAGAGAAGGGGGAUUCAGGUGAGCUGGGCCUUCCAGGAGCAGUUGGAGCUAAGGGAGCUCAAGGAGACCCUGGUUUGCCAGGACCCCCAGGAGAGUCUGGACUGGCUGGUCUGCCUGGACCAAUGGGACCGGUUGGACCUCCUGGUCCUCCUGGUCCUCCUGGACCCAGUUAUCGGGUUGGAUUUGACGACAUGGAGGGUUCAGGUGCGGCAGUGCAGAGUGGACUGCCUGGUGUGAGAGGACCAGAAGGAAGACAGGGUCCUCCUGGAUUCCCUGGCCUCCCUGGUAAACCUGGUCUACCUGGUAUACCAGGUCAGAAGGGCUCUGAGGGUCCAGUAGGCAGAGAUGGUCAGCCUGGACUGGAUGGAUUCCCUGGACCUCAGGGACCAAAGGGUGACAGAGGAGACAGAGGAGAACGGGGUGAACCAGGUAGAGAUGGAACUGGACUUCCAGGCCCACCAGGCCCACCUGGACCUCCAGGACAAGUUAUUUACCAGACAGGAAACUUUGAUGGAGUUCUUGGAAGUGCUGGGCCUCAGGGGGACGCUGGUUUGCCUGGUCAAGCUGGAUUCCCUGGCCCAAUGGGACCAAAAGGGGACAGAGGGGACCCAGGCCUCCCAGGGUUUGGAAUAAAGGGAGACAAAGGUGAGCCAGGUUUAGUGGUUGGACCUGAUGGGAAUUUUCUGCGUCUGGAGGGUCUGUCAGGUCCUAAGGGGGACAGAGGCCAACCUGGACCUGUCGGACCUCCUGGCACAUAUGGACCUCCUGGAUUAAAGGGUGAAAUUGGAAUGCCUGGAAGACCGGGUCGUCCUGGUGUGAAUGGAUACAAGGGGGAGAAAGGAGAACCGGGGUCUGGAGCUGGUUUUGGAUAUCCUGGACCACCUGGACCCCCUGGACCCCCAGGACCCCCAGGACCAGCCAUCCCCAUAGACCGCUUCAAUGUGAGUACAUUUGAUCCCACAGCUGAAACAAUGGAGCUGAAACAAUGUCCAGACAUCGAACAUUUUUAUUAA